AUGGACGAUUCACAAAGCCGAAGAGAUCCAAGGGUGCGUCAACUUAAACAACUGGAAGACUUCUUCGUCACGAUUAAGGCUAUCGAAGGUCCCAUAGACAAAGAGAAAAUUCCACUUCUCACUGCCGAGGAAAAUACCCUCCUCGCUGAGAAGACCCAAAUUCUGCAGCGAUGCGCUGGACACAUCAGAGGCGACCUCAACCGUCCUCUAACAUCUCCGAUGCUGCCACCGCCCGUCAGCCAAAAAUGGAGACCAACGUCGACCUCGACCUCGCGCUCUCUCUGUCUCUCUCUCUUUACGAAACCAUCGGUGCGUGCACCAGGUUUCAAUCGGGAAAGCGCCUCUAUCAGACGCGAUCCAUGCUAA